GCUACCCAGGAUUGCAUUUGCUUCGGCAAAGGGUUGCCAGCUCGUCAAAACCUAAGCGUUCUGUCCACUCGCCUGGUUCUCGUCAGUCGCCAGUUCAGCCGCCAGGUCCGCUUCGUAGGACGUACGCCGAGGUUCUCAAGUCGACUGCUCUCUCUGGGGAAAUGGCUAAGGAAGGCGCCGAGGGGGAUGGCUGGAGAGUGAUGGAUCGCCGUCGUCAACAGGUACGAGGUCGUUCCUCGGGUGCUGGCAUCUGGUCGCUUCGCGGUCGUGCAAACUGGGAAGCCCGUGGCCGUGGUACCUGGCGUGGCCGUGGCGGUCGGUUCGUCGCGUCUGGUUCAUCGCUGGGCCUUGAUGCCAGGGUGGCUGUUGAGCGCAGUAGUGGUGUUCAGUCCGAGGCAGCUAAAAAAAGGGUGGCCGACGUUGCAUCUGGGGUAUCGGACAUGGGGAAGAAACGCCGUGAAGAGCUUUGUUGCGAAAUUUGUGAAGACAAUCAUGUGCCUGAGGAGUGUCCGGUAUUUAAUGGACCAAAGCCGCAGGCAGCUCUCUGUGGUUUUGCGGGAGGUGAAUCUGGUUUUUUUCAAAUUCCUACUUGGGGAGCAAAGGGGGUAUUACCAAGGUCGGAUGGUGUCACGGCCUUCAUAACAGUGAAGGAAGGGAAUGUUACUGCCGAACUCGUUAAGUCUGAACUCUCUAGACUUAUUCCAGUGAAGUGGAAUUGGUCGGUCCAGAAGCAUGCAGAUGGUUUUAUAGUGCCAUUUCCGUGCAGAGUGGAGCUUCAACGUAUGAUUGCUAUGAAAUAUGUUCAUACGUUGGGAGGAGAAGGUAUCUUAGUAAUUCAAGAGGUUAACCAAAAAAUAGAACCGAUAUCUUAUCUGCAGAAGGCCUGGGUGAAUGUGUACGGGGUUCCUUUUGAGAUCCGCUCAUUUCUUCCUCUGUGGGCAGUUGGUUCUAUUUUGGGGGCAACUCAGAAAGUGGACAUGCGCUACACUCGGAAAAUGGGGGUGGUUCGAAUUUUGGUUGCAGUGACGGAUGUGAAUCAUAUCCCGGAAUCCGCAGAAAUAGUGGUUGGUGAAGGAUUAUACGAGAUAUUCUUCAAAGUUGACAAGGUCCUUAAAGAUGGUAGAUGGAUUGACAAUAAUAAUACGGGUACUCGAGACAGAGAUGAUAAGGAACAAGGUGAAAAUGAUGAUUUUACUGAGAAUCAUGAGAAUGAUAUUUUUCAGCCGGAGGAAGCAGUAGAAGACACUGUCAUGGAGGAUAAUUCCUUACAUAGUGACCCUAUGAAACCACAUGAUGAAACUUCAGAUAUGGGGAUAGGGGUUCAGCACAGGAAACCGUUCAUUAAUGACUCAGUGACAUUGGAGUCAGAAGUUUUGACUUCGGUUGAGCCAACAGUUUUGAAUUUAAUGACCUCUACUUGCGCUGAUCAGCAUUUACAGCCAGCUCCUGAGGAAUAUGGACUGGAUUCGGUGAUUUGUAUUGCCGAUCAUGCUUCAGAUGGCCUGGAAUUGUCAACAGGAAGGGUUGGCGUUGAUGGAAAUCUCAGCAGCUUGAUUGAUUUGGCUCCAGACUGCUCGGUUCUUGCUAGUGGAUCAAUCAGUGAAGAGGGGCUGUCUGUGUCCAAAGUAAGUAUUCCAUCUCUGGAAGCAACAGUGCCAUUUGCUGGGAGAGAGAUCAACUUGGCUUUUGAUGAUAUUAAUAUUCCUUCUGCGGCUGACAGCUUGCUCAUCGAAAAACAUAAGACACGUGAGAGUACCAUUCACCUGGGACAUGUUAAUUAUUUUACUGAUGUACCCCGUUCUGUCCUCCAGGAGGCACUUAAGUCUAAUUCUCUUACUAAGAGAGUAAAGACUGAAAAACUUAAUCAAGGGGGUGUCAUGUUAAGUGCCAGGAGGACUAACACAGAUGAAGAUAUAUUGUCCAAAGCUCAGCGUCUGGCAGCAAAGCGUAAUUUAGAAAUCAGUUAUUUUCAGGGUUACUCACUGGUUCAGAUUCUGGAGACUUCUACAGAAGGAGGAAAAGCACCAACAAAUUCUCGAUGCCUGUCGAGCUUUGGAGGUGGUGGCGAUGGAAGUUUUUGCAAUGCAUGGAUGGCGCUCGAAUGCAAGAAUUGAAGAUGGCUAGUGUUUUCUAUAGUCAUGGCAUUUUGUUUUCUUUGAGUUAGUUUAAUUAUUCAAGCAAUUGCUCUAUGGUCCAAUAAUCGUUAUGUAAUGGCUGUACGCAUUUGUAUGCUAAAGCCGGAACUCUUGUUUCCAUAAUCAAAAAAAAAAA